AUGUUGAAAAUUAGGAGCACUGAGCGGGAGAAGUUGGACCCGUGUCUAGCGCAAAUCGAGUCCGGCCUGUCGCUGGUAGAUCAGCACAUCAAUCUGGUCAAAAAGUCGCAAGACAGGAUGGAAGCGCGACUCAAGAAACUGACGACAACCUGUUCCGAAAUCGUGCGCCAACUUGAGGCAUGGGACAAGGCCAGCCGCGAGAAUCAUGAACGACUCAUGGUUAGGCUCUACAGGAUAGAGCUGGCUCUUCAGAGACUGCAGAAACUCUCCAAGUAA